AUGUCUACUGCCCCAGGGAUCACGGACAAUAUACCUGCUUUUUUGGCGACGCAUUACAUGUCAGGCGUCGCGUUAACCAUCUCACUUUGGGACCAUUUUCUAAAUGUAGACCAAGAAAUUGAGCUUGUAUGGCGUCAAUCUUGGUCUGUCUUACAGACAGUCGUACUCGUCAAUCGUUAUGGUGGUGAAGUCAGCCUGUUGUUCAUUGCAUACACCAUGGCUGGCUUCGGAGCACCAUUAACAGCAUCAAUGUUAGUUCCAGGAAUAAAGAAGAAGAUACACGAGCUAAUACAUGUGUUAGUUGCCGCGGGCUCUUUGCUGUACUCUGUGUCUACGGGAUUAUUGCAAGUGCCUUUUACGCUCCUUCUACGUGCAACUUUACUCUGGGACAACAAGCGUUCUAUCAAGUACGCUCUAAUAUGCGGCUUCGCCAUCGGCCUUAGCAUUUCCAUUACAUUUGCCAGCCUUGUAGAACGCGAGAUUCAGUCCGGCAUGGAUGUCUUAAACAGCAGAGGAUCUAGGACGUGCAUUAUCGAAUCUAGCAGCUGGAAUUCUCAGUAUGCGAUCUAUUAUGCCGGGGUAUGGGGUGGAAUGCUAUUCUACGAUAUUUACGUUAUGACUCUACUGAUUAUCAACGCUCUAAAUAGACCUCGCCGCCACAAUUCAAAAAUCAUGGUGGAUCUUUAUAAGGAUGGUGCAUUGACCUUUUUGGCAUUCUUCACUCUCCGGCUGGUUCAGUUCAUUCCUAGCGUUUUCGGAAACCUGUCGGUCGUCUUCUUGACUCCGCUAACUGCUUGGUCUCUCGAUAGCGUACUUGGCUAUCACUUCCUACUAAGGAUGAAGAGAGUUGAAGUCGCAAGCAGGUGUGGAUGGCGGCCUGUGGUCAACGAGCAUUCCGUCUUCGUGAUGGAAGAGAUUGAGGUAGACUGCGUAUGA